AAGUGGGUGAGAGGCGAGGGCCGCCUCUGUUGCCGAAACACAAACAGCGAGGCUCAGCUGAUGUUAGUGUCAGCGUGUGAGUGAGAACAAAGUCUCUGAGCCUGCAGUACCUGCCCCCAUAUCGCACGCACACUCGCUCCGCUCACAGGUGACCCCCCCGGACUCAGCAUGAAGCUGUCGGCCGCUCUGCCCGUCUGUCUGCUGCUGGCCCUGGCCUCGGCACUGGAAGUCCCCAAGCCUUGCACCCCCCCGGAAACUCAUGGAAGGCCAGAUCGGCACGUUUUACCCGCGCAGACUUCAGGGAGACUACGGGAUGUUCUCGUACGACGCGAAGAACGAGCGGAUCUACGCCAACAUGUUCAUGAACAGAGAAGGUCGGCAUUGGCAACAGGUGGACCUGCUGCUCUUCCAGAAGGAGGUCCUCUUCCAGUUCUUCCCCGGCAACGGGACCUGUGUGAAGUUCCCGCUCCACACUCCCUUUCCCUCGCCUCUACUUCCCAAAAACGCCACCUUCGCCGGCAAGGUCGAACUCGGAACCACUUCUAUUCCACAUGCGGCCCUGCAGAUCAACUGCUGGGUUGCUGCCCAGGAAGGGGCCAGUUAUACCGUGAUGACAUCCACAGAUCGUGGCUGCCUCCCUCAAUGGUGGGCAACUUACGACAGUGAGGGCUGGUUCUCCAAAUCCUUCUUCAACAUAACCCUGGGCAUCAUCGAUCCCAGCGUCUUUACCCCACCCCCGCAAUGCCUGGAGCUGCUCUGAGUCACGGAGACGGGGACCGUGCGGCGAGGGGCCGGGGUAGGAGAUGGGAUAGCAUCUCGUCGUGGGCCCGAGUGGCCUCUUGCUCCUCUGCCUUUAUUCAAUAAAGUCUAAUUGUACCUAC